ACGGUUCAUUGUUUUGUAAUUGUUUGUAAUAAUAUCUAAUAAAAUAAUUGAAUUGUAAUAUGAAUGUCCUCUGUUUCGUUUUUGGUCUUGGUGCCUGGUUAUGGCAGGAAACUCAACAGAAAACCAUCAGUCCUAGAAUUAUUAACGGAGAAAAAGUCUCAAUAAAGGAUUAUCCCUACCAAGUCGGUUUAGAAAUUACUUACCACGAUAAAUCAGAACUACUUCAAUGUGGAGGGGCUCUUAUUUCUAAAAAACACAUUCUAACUGCAGCUCAUUGUUUCAACUUUCGGAGUGAAGAUCCAGAAAUAGUCACAGUUUUAAUGGGGAGCGAUAGAUCGAUCAAAACAUUCCAUGAGGAAGGCAAAUUACAGAGUGGUGCACAAUUACAACGUUGCAGAAAAUGUUGGAGAAAUCAUCCCAAAUUUGAGCCAGUUACUUACAAAAAUGACAUUUCUAUAAUUACGUUAGAGCAUGAAAUCGAAUUAUCUUCCCAAGUUCAACCAAUAAGUCUUCCAAAAAGAAUAGACCUUAUACAUAACAUGGUAAACAAGCCAGCUGUAGUCAGUGGUUGGGGCUUAACGGAAAAUCGCGAAGCUUCUGAUACUCUAAGAGCAAUCAAUGUAACAUUAACAAAUCAGUAUUGCCCUGAAAAGACUCUUUGUUACAUUCCAGUGAACAAUAAAAGCGAAUGUAAAGGAGAUAGUGGAGGUCCAAUUGUUAUAGAGAAGAAGGUUGUAGGAAUAGUAUCUCAUUAUGACAGUGGUGAUAAAAAAAUGGAUCCCACUUUUUGCGAGCAAAGUGUGCUUAUAAUUCAAACUAAUGUUGCAAACCAUUUGGAUUGGAUACAAACAGUUACCAAAAUUCCAGUUGAGAAUUUUUGGAGUGCUUUGUCCGACUUUAUUGAAUUACUUCUAGGUAAUAUCGAAUGGGAUUUAUUCUUGAAUUAAAAUUGAAAUAUUGAUAAUAAAAUACUAUAUAACCAUUGAAAA